UAUUUUUCAUGUGUUGAAUGUUUGAAAAAAACGCGAUUCGCACUAAAGACAUUCUUCAGUUGUCGUUGAUCGUUAGAAGGGUGAAUUUCAAAUAUUGUGAAUUAUUUUAUUUUUUUAACAUUUAAACUAACAACAAUAUAAACCACUAAAUUGUUUUAUUUAAAAUUAUGGCUGAUGUUCCGAGAAUAAUCGAUUUACCCGCAGUAAUAGAACCCCAUUUAAAUGGUGGCAAAUUGGUCUCCUACACUAGUCGUUACCUUACCAAGGCUGGCGACAAUUAUGGCAGUGUUAUGUUGGCCAUAAUGGCCAAUAUACAAAAAAAGUCGGGUGAAAUUGAAGAAUUACCUCUAGUAGCUAAAUUGCCUCCUUUAACAAAUGAUCUAUUUUGGCAAAUGUUUCAACCGGAACGCACUUGUCUAACUGAAAAUGCAGUUUAUAAAUACUUAGGUCCCGCCAUACGUUCGUUACAACUGGAAGCUGGUAUUCCAGAAAAUGAACUAUUCGAUGGUUUUCCCGCCUAUUAUGGCAGUCGAAUUUCUUUAAAUCCCAACUCCACGAAAGUAGAUCGUGAUGCAGUGCUGGUACAAGAAAAUUUACAGACCUCCGGCUUUAAGGCGGGUAAUCGUCAUAAGCCAUUUGAUUUGCAGCAUACGAAAUUAAUUUUACGUGAAAUGGCUAAAUAUCAUGCCUUGCCUAUAGCAUUGAGAUUGAAAAAACCGGAAGAGUUUAAUAAGUAUAUAAGACCUUAUUUUAGAAAAUUUAAUAUGAAUAAUGGAAUGUCGCCAGAGGUUAAAAAUCAAAUGGAAGUGGAAUUAUACCAAGAAGUUGCCAAUGCUACAAAUAAUAAUGCCAACUGCGUGGAACGUGUUAAGGAGUUAAUGCAAGAAUAUGAUAGUUUUGUGGCGAAACCAGACAAAGAAGAUGAUUUAUUUACCUCAAUAGAACAUUGUGAUAUGUGGAUAAAUAACUUAAUGAUACAAUAUGAUGAACACAGUCAACCUAGUAAAGUGAAAUUUGUCGACUUUCAAAUCGCCCAAUAUGAAAGUUGUGUACAUGAUAUAAUUUUCUUGCUAUUCUCGAGUGUAGAAACUUCUGUACUUGAAUAUCAUGUCGAUGAGCUGUUACAAUUAUAUUAUCAGACAUUUAUAGAAUGUUUAAAAUCGGUAAAUGUUUGCACCGAAGAAUAUUCAUUUGUCGGAUUCAUGAAGGAAAUACACAACUGUGCUCCCAUUGAAAUAUGUCAUGCUCUAUUUAUGACUAAAAUCAUAUUGGCCGAUAAUAGUACAAUACCCGAAGAUUACAAGGAUAUUAAUAUGGAUGUUUUAAGUCGUAAUGUGGGUGUUAAGAAAAUUACAGAGAAGACCGCCAACAUUAUACGGAUCGCUCAAAAAUAUCGUUUUUUCUAUAAAGACUAAGUAUGAUUUAAUGUAUUGUUUAAGAUCUAGUGGAACCAAAAAAAAGUUUGAAUAAAAUAAUAAAAAUGGUAGACUUACGGCAAAAUAUAAUUAAAA